UCCAAUAUGGUGGUUGCAUGAACCUCACAGCUACGACGACGAAAGCAAAUGUGACAGUUGGAAUUUUUGUGCUCGUGGAUUAUUUCUGAACAUUGACAAUUUCUGACGGAACUGACAUCUGGUGACAAGAACUAGGUAAUUUCCAUGUAGACGGUCGCGGAGGUCCCAGACGUAUCCGUGGAUCUUGAGGAAGAAGACCAGACGGUCACGGACACGAGCCUCUCCCUGUAGGUGUUGAUUAGAAACUGGGAUUAAAUCUGUCCUAAGAAUCCUGAGGAAUCUUGUUCAGAUCUGACGACAGGAACAAAAGAUAUUGAACAGUGGCCUGGUUACCACAGAUGGGGGACUCCACACCAACCCACUCGGGUACUGCCAAUGCCUCGGAGUACGACUACCUCAUCAAAUUCUUGGCCCUAGGUGAUUCUGGAGUGGGGAAAACCAGCUUUCUAUACCAAUAUACCGACCAACAGUUCAACUCUAGAUUUAUAUCGACAGUUGGCAUCGACUUUCGGGAGAAACGAGUGGUACACCGAAUCCCGGGGAUUGAUGGAUCGAUUGGCCGGAGUCAGCGUGUCCACUUACAGCUUUGGGAUACAGCUGGACAGGAAAGAUUUAGGAGCUUGACUACUGCAUUCUUCCGGGACGCGAUGGGCUUCCUCCUUCUGUUCGACCUGACGAGUGAGACGUCUUUCACCAACAUUCGUAACUGGCUGUCUCAAUUACAGACUCACGCGUACUGUGAGAACCCAGACAUUGUAUUGUGUGGAAAUAAGGCGGAUCUAGAGGACCGUAGAGCGGUGUCUGAAGAGCGGGCCCGAGAAACUGCUGAAAAAUUUGGACUCCCGUACUUCGAGACGAGUGCUGCGACUGGCCAAAACGUUGCCAAGGCGAUGGAGUGCCUGCUAGACAUGGUCAUGAUUCGUAUGGAACAGUGCAUUGACAAGUCACAACUUCCGGGAGCUCGUAACGGUCACGGACGUCACGGAAAAUACGAAAUGGAUGAGGCGGGUGAAGGAGGAGGCUGCGGAUGCUGAUCUCCGUGUGAAAUUAGCAGUAAUUAAUUUUAGGUUGUAAUGAAUUAACGUUAAACCUCAGUAAUUAAUUUUAGGUUGUAAUGAAUUAACGUUAAACCUCAUUAGUCAGUACAGUCUUUAAAAAGACUUGUUGCCAUCACUUUGACUCUGGAAUUUUUUUCACACACUUUUUUUUGGAAACUAAAAGUGUUAUAUACUGAUUUUAUAAAAGGUUUUAAUUACCCUUUCACCACGUACUGUAGACCAUAAUGGACUCAUCCAGAUCAAUGUAUGGUAGAGUCUACUAAAGUUACAUAGGGGUGAAAGGGUGAACGAUAUAAGAUUGAAGUAUGAUAGUCUUCCUAAAAUGUCACUUUCCUUCUGUCUGAUAGUCUGUAAGUUGAUCGCGUUACCUAUUGAUAUAACUAGUUGAAGGUUGUAACAAAGUGAAGUGGAGGUAUUAAGGCAGUUUCCAUCAGCCUUAUUAGUCUAAAAGGUUUUUUCAAUUAUUUUUGGGGAGAAACCAAAGUUUUAAAACUAUUAAAAAGGUUCUGGUGACUUCAUUAAUUCAAGGGUCGCAGGUCGGUGUUUUUUCUCCGGGAACUCCGGCUUUCCUCCACCACCAAACCCUUAUACGUCCUUAAAUGACCAGAGCUGUUAAUAGGACAUUAAACAGUAACAAACCAAGUCAUUAAUUCAACUUUAAAAAAAAAAGUGACAAUUGAAUCUUUUCAUUUGGUGCAUGCUUCAUGUUCCUUACAAAACAAAAAGAAAGAUAUUGGUUGGUUGCAAAGGCCCUAUAGCCACGAAUAAUAAUUUGUG